AUGUCCAACACCAUGCAACCUCGACGGCGACCUCGGCACAUCGACCGCAUCACCACCUGGCCGCGCAGCCACUCCCUCAAUUACGACGGCGCCGCUGACGAAGAGCCUUCUCACGUCCCCGAAGAAGGUAACCACCUCAUCCACCGCAGAAUCGAGCGCGGCCGGCACGCCUACCUCGUUGCCCUGCAGUCAUGGGCCGACGAGUACAAAUCGGCCAUCAUCUGCGGCCUGAGCAUCGUCAUCCUCGUCAUCAUCUUGUGGUACUACGACGGCAAGCUCGCGCCGCGGCUGUCGCCUGUCGGUGCCCUCGACCUCGACAUGGUGGUGAUUGCGCUCGUCACCGUUGCGCGCGUGGGCGUGGGCAACGUUGUCGAGGCGUGCAUCGCGCAGGGCGCCUGGAUCUGGGUCGCCAAGACGCACCAGAGGCGUACAAACACUGUAGCGAGGCUCGAGGAUUUCAAGCUCUUUGACGAGGCGUCGCGCGGGUUCUUGGGGAGCGCGGCGCUCAUCUGGCGCAUGAAGGGGCUACAUCUAUCUUGUAUUGGUGCGGCCAUUAUCCUCUUCACACAUGGUUUCGAGACGUUUUCGCAACAAAUGGUGGAUUAUGUGCCGAAGCCGGUCGUCUUCAAAAACGAGACGGAGCGCUGGCCAAUCUUCCCUUCGCUAGCUGUUUGCGGAGAAUGUACCCCCAAGACCGUCCUCAUCGAGUGUAGUGAUGAGAUCUGUGUUUAUAAUGUUUCUUCGAAUACCUCGAUCAAAGUCUUGCGUGGCGAUGAUAACGAGGCGUUCAAAGUGCGACCCAUCACGGAACGCCCUUUGCUGAGAGAACAGGGAACCACGGCGUAUCUGUCGAUAUUCGAGCUCGUCGGAGCCUCGGAGCACAAGUCAAAAACAAACUCAAAGGGUUUCGAAUGUGCCCUCUGGGUCUGUAUGAAAGCGUAUGAUACAAGCAUGAAUGAUGGGCAUCUGAGUCAAAGAAUCAUAUCUGUGUGGAAUGAAACACAGCUAGAAAAGAAGACGAACGCUCACCUGGAAGAACACGUUUUCAUCAAUGUGCCCAACGAGAUGAAUACGCUCGAGCAUUCGCGGUACACCAUCUCGGCCCGGGCAGUCGAAACAAUUCGCAGAUUCAUGGACGACUUGACUAAUGGUUGGUACCAAGACAACGGAGGCCGCGUCAACUUUUCCUCAGACUGGAUUGAGGCCAUUCAUGACGGCUUGCCGGCCAUGUCCGAAUGGAUGGACCAGCUAACCCUCAGUCUCAGCAACGAAUUUCGUCGGCAUGGCAAGCUCAGAGACAGUUUUAGCACAAGCUACGAAGGGAGUGCCACGAAACUGGCAAAUUUUGUCAAGGUCAAGUGGCUUUGGAUGCUGUAUCCGCCGCUGUGCCUAAUUGUUAGUCUCUACUACCUCUUUGCCACCAUUUCAGCGAGCGUCCGCGACGACGUGGCGAUUUGGAAGGGCGAUUCGAUGCCGAUGCUGUUUAGCUGCAUUCAUCCAGACAUUUUACACCUCGGAAGCGGCAUGAUAGAUACGCACAAGGGACUCGACGAGCUGGGCCGCCACGGCAUCGCGCUGGCCAAGUCCGAGUCGGGCGCGUGGGUGUUUGAGCCGACUGUUGAGCCAGACGACCAUCGGGGACGGCUUCGCAGGGUGUUUCGAUGGAGAGACUGA